AUGGAUCUUUUAAAACCAAGUGAUAAUAAAUUAGCUUUAAAAUUAUUUGGAAGUCGAAAAGGUCUUAUUAAAGAACGUUUAAGACAACAAAGAGCUGGACAUUGUGUAUUAAGAAAUGAUUAUAUUGAUGAAAUAAUACUUGAACCACGUUUAAUAGCAAUUAAUUAUAUAAAAACUUGGUUUAUGCUUGAUUUACAUAAAAAUUCUGGAGGUUAUUCAAUGGCGCGUACAGGUCGUGCUAUUAAAGUUCUUCGACUUGUUAAAUUACUUUCAUUACUUCGAUUAUCACGUCUUGUCAGAUAUAUUCAUCAAUGGGAAGAGUUUUUAUCAAUAGCAAGUAUGGUAAUGCGUAUUCUUAAUUUACUAGCAUUAAUUAUAUUAUUGGCACAUUGGAAUGGAUGUUUACAAUUUAUGAUUCCAAUGUUUCAAAAUUUUCUAUCUGAUUGUUGGGUUGCACUUAAUGCUCUUCAAAAUGCUCCAUGGACAGAACAAUAUACAGUUGCACUAUUUAAAGCUCUUUCACAAUAUGCUUUGUAUUGGUUAUGGUCUUUAAACAAGUUGAAAAAUAUAAUGGCAUGGAGAAAAUUACCUCGAGAAAUGCGUAAUAGAAUAUCUGAUUAUUAUGAACAUUGUUAUCAAGGAAAAAUCUUUCAUAAAGAUACGAUUUUAAAUGAACGUUCAGAAAAUUUAAGAUUGGUUCUAUUUCAACCGGGUGAUCAAAUAAUUCAUGAAGGAACAAUUGGAGAUAAAAUGUAUUUUAUUCAAGAAGGUGUUGUAGAUAUAAUUAAAUCAGAUGGACAAGUUUUAACAACAUUAUCUGAUAGAUCUUAUUUUGGAGAAAUAUGUUUAUUAACACGAGCUAAACGUGUAGCAGGUGUUCGUUGUGUAAAACAUAUUGAAAAAAAUCCUUCAAUUAUAUCAACACGACAUGAUUUAAAACGUGAUGCAGCUGUUUUAAAAGAUAUGAUAAAUCGUGUAACACCUCAACCAUCAAGUGAUGAAUCAUCUAAAGAAGAAGAAGAACAAGAAAAUGAAGAAGAAGAUAAUAAAUCUUUCUCAUCAUCAUAUAAAAUAAAACAAAGUAAUUUUAAAUCUUCAUUAACAUAUAUUCAUGAUCAAUUAAAUAAAAUCAAAUGA